AUGAACCAGUUUUGUCUUGGCUCUGAACAUGCCAUUCAGACUGAGCAAGACCAAGGUGAGUCAAAGCCACAGUCCUGCUUGCAAUCAAUGGAAGUGCCAAGAAGGCAGGCAAAUGCUAGUGGCCUUUAUCACCACAGGAUCAAUUUCCACAAAUUUAAGAAAGUUGGCAUGAGGCAUUACCACUUAAAGAGGAACCAGAGCUUCUGCACAGCUAUAGACCUUGUCAAAUUGAGGUUGUUGGUCAUUGAGCAGACAAGAGGAAAAGCUGCCAAAAACAUGACUGGUGCCAACCCCAACAUAGAUAUAGUGAAAUCAGUCUGCUCCAAACUUCUGGGAAAGAGAAAGCUCCCUGAGCAGCCUGUCAUCAUGAAGUACAAAGUUUUAAGCAGAAUUGCUGAAGACAGGACAAAAGGUUUUUCAUGUACCUGUGCCCUCGUGGUUUGA